GGAUUUUGACACCAGCAGCACUCAAAUACUCAACGAUAGAGAAGGUGUCUCACACUCGUCUGGGUAUUGGACAAAUGGUGACCAUAUCUGUUAGCUCAGCGAUUUCACGGACUACAAGCCUUUGGAAUAGAUUAGGUCUGCCAACGACCCCAGGGGAAAGCUAUCACGAUAGGCGCUUUGCCUACAGGAAUACGAUUUCACGAUAAACCACGUGUCGGAGAAGGAGAAUCAAACUGCGGAUUUUUUGCCACGCAUGAUGAACGAAGAUGACCUGCCGAAGGGUUCUUUCGGUGUCAAUGGUACGCUGUUGGAGCAGGAUCCGUUACAGUUUGCAGCCGCGCAACGUAAUGAUAAACUCUUGCGCAAAGUGCUCACUGCACGAAUAACCGGUCAAUCAGUCCUAAACAAGAGUCAACACAAGCAGCUCGAACCGUUUGCGAGAAAUCUUGAAAAGCUGCAAGUAAAUGAAGCCGGGAUCCGGAUGUGGACACCAGGAGGUAGCAACACUUCACUGCCAAUUAUUUCGACGAAACUAAGGCAGAGGCUGGUGAUUUCUUGUCACGAGAUGGUAUACACACCUGUUGUUCCAGGACCUACGAUCUGCUAAGACAACG